AUGCAUUCUUCACUUCUGUGCGUCGCCUUCGCCUGCCUCUUCGCAGCCGUUUCUUGCGGCAUCUACGGAGCCUCCUACGGAUUAUCGUACAGCGCCGAUCACCACAUCAUCAAGAAGCCCCUGGUUGUGGCCAAGCCUGUCGUCGUCGCUAAGCCCCUAGUCUUGUCUCAUGGCUACGGCUACGGUCACGCUGGUCUCGGCUACGGUCAUGCCGCGUACGGUCUCGGACACGCCUAUGGACUUGGUUUGGGCCACGGCUACGGUGCUCUGCCGAUUCACCACGGAUACGGUUACGGCCACUACUGGUGA